AUGAAACCUAGCGAGAGCCAAUCAGAGACCAUUACAGCAAUUGCAAUUGCAAAUAUAAACGCAACCGAACAAGAAAUUAUCGAAUUAGGGGGCCCUAAGAGCCCUAAGCUUGACGAAAUAGCUGGGGACGAACCAGCCAAUAGCAAACGGAAGAAGAAAAUUAUAAUAGCGGCCGCAGCUGGUGCAGGGGGCGGAGGAGGGUUUCUACUCGUUAUUUUAGUCAUUUUCUUUCUCCAGUUCCGAAAGAGGGUUAACUUAGCGGCACAACCAUUGAUUCCUGCCCCUGCUCCAGAUUUUGUCUGGAAGCCUCGAGCACAUGGAUCGCAAGGCCCAGGAUUUCAGUCUAUAGAUUCGAACUUAAAAGUCAACGAAUCGACUUCCAAUUAA